CCGCUUAAACACACUAAUAAAAUUACCAUGAACUCAUAUAUUAGAGGAAACAACUUUGAAAUUGAAACUUUAAGAGUUUUCAUGAGUCAUGACGUAGAAGUUUACAGAAUAAGGAUCGAAAGCUCUUCGUGGGCACAUCUUGCGAAAGUUUCCAGUCAGGAUACAAAACAUCGAAUUGAAAGCACAUCACCAAGACCAGGGGAUGGUGGUGUGGAUCUGUUCGGAAACUACGAAGGAUUCUUGAUCUUGGUUCAAUGCAAAAAUAGGAGGCGAAAUAUAGGUCCCGAGAUCCUACGUGACUUGGAAGGGGUUUUAUCAAGGUACCACAAUGAUACUACAAUUGGUAUCCUUGUAGUCCCUUUCAAGGAAAAUUAUACCGCUGGAACUAUAAGAAGAGCCAGAACAUCAAGAUAUAACAUCAUACUUACGGAUGUUAGAGAUUUAUAUCUUGAUCUUGUUUGGUUCGUUGAAGAACGACAGAUCGAUGAUCUUGUUCGUUUCAUUGAGGAACGAAUUCGGCUUGUCGAAGAAAGAUCAUUCUUAGCUUUAUAUUAUAAUUAUGAUGAUAUAAAAAGUGGUGAAUCCAUCAUGGGUACUUUAUCUUCCGCUCCUAAUAUCGAGACUUGGACAUAUGUUCAUUACAUUUUACAAAAAAAG